AUGAAAAUUAUGUUUUUACUACCAUUUGCAUUCAUGCAAGCAAUCAACCUGGUUUUGCUGUAUGAAAAGCCCGGAUUAAAGGAAGCUAGGGAAAUGUAUCGGUAUGUCAUAGAACAAAUGCUUGAUAAAUUCAACACACACUUUCAUCAGUAUGGGACAAAAAUCAAUCUUUUAGACUUCAUGGCAUAUGAUGAUUACCUGAUGAAGCCUGAGUAUCAAAGUAUAUCGAUCACUGGCGGAGACGAAAGUCUGGAUACACGAAUAGAAGCGUUGAAGGACAUACCUGCAAACGUGAUUCUUGUUGCAUCUGCAAGUCCUGAUGAAGAGCGUGAGAAGUAUGUGUCAGAAUCACCGUGCAACAGCAGGUUUGUUAGCAACAUGGUCUCUAGCGAUGUUCUUGAGGAUGAGAUGUUUACAAAGAUUGUUUAUGCAACGCUUUCCUGGAUGCGUAACUUUUUCGGCAUAGACGUACCUAAUCCAGUCAAAGAGAAGAAUCCAGAUGUUUUUGAUAAGUUUGCACGAGAUGUGAAUACGAAUGAGUUUAUGAAGAUGCUUAAGCAAUGCUCCAGAGAUUCAAGUGCAAGGUUUGAAAUAUUUUCUAGAGCAUUGAAUUGGAAUAGCCAGAAAGGGCUUGCAAUAGAUAUAGAGACAGUUGAUGCAGCAAAGGAAAAAGGAAUUGAGAUAUCGAGUCCAUUGAAGCUAGAGUCUAAUUCAAAUGACAAACAACAGAUUCAAAGCGUUAAAGGAGCAUCUAUGAUUGGUAAUGGACUUGAAAUGCAGAGCAAUGCAGAAUUGUUUGCAAAUCAAAGUGAACAAUCAUAUGGAGCAGACUUUGCGCAGGAUUUGAAAAAAACGACUGAUUGGGAUUCUGAUAUGAAUCACAUGAUGGAUGAAAAACAGAUGGUUUGGAUAGCAAAAGGUGGAAUAGAGCAUGGUAGGGAUAAUGAUAUUAACAUUAAUCAUUCUAUACGAAAUAUACAUACAAACAAGCCAUCAGACAAAUCUGAACGAAUUUUGCAGAAAAUAGACUCAAAAAGUUUACAAGCAAUUGAAAAUCAAGAAUCACUGAUAGAAGAGAAAAUCCGAAAUGAGUUACAAAGAAUCAUGCAACAGGAGUCGGAUAAGAUAAACAGACAAAAACCUGAUGUAAUGAUUAUUCCGAAAAAAACAACGCAUGUCAUUAAAACAGAGGAAGGCCCAUCAGCAAGAUUAUUGUUUGGAAGAAGAGCUCCUUUCCUAAAAGAUGGCUUGAAUGCAGCAAGAAGAAGUUUAGAUCAGGAAAGAACAACCACGUAUAGAAAACCAAACCCUUGA